CGGAAGUGAAUUCAACUCAGGCAACUGCAGUGCAAGUGGUGAAGUGAACAGCUCUCAUUGCUUCAGAAUAUUUUUCUCUUUCUGUCAUUCAACGUCGUAUUUAACAACAUUUCUUCUGCUUGUGUUCAGUUGGUUUACACUGGCGUUAUCUGUUCCUCAAGGAUGAACUGGAUUUCUGUCUGGGAUUUGCUGAUAUGCAGCUCUUGGGAGAAAAACUGUUUUCCUUGUACUUAGUUCUUACUAGAAAGGCUCUCUAAGGGUAUUGAGGAUGUCAAGCAAGAAAUCAAAAAAGAAGAAACACAAGAAGGAGGAAAGAAUCUCAUCAAACUCUUCACGUGAGGAUGAGAAGAAGACGACAGACACAAAGAGAUUCAGCAGCCCGAAAAGAAAACACAAACAUCAUCAUCAGCAUGUAAGUUCUGACAAAGCUAAGGAGAGGAGGGCCACCAACUUAACAUCAAGAGAUUCUGAAAUAAAAGUAAAAAAAACAGAAGUUAGAGACAGCAAGAGCAGGGGAGAAAGAUCCCAGGAAAGCCAAGCAACAGAGAAAUCCAGGCCAGUUUUCAAGUCACCUGCCACAGAUGAGAAGCAGCAAGCGAGUCCUAAGAGGAAGCAUGAAAAUGCAAGUCUUCAUAUCUCAGGGAGCAGCUCCAGCAGGCAUGCUGCAACAAACCUGCCUUCUUCAAAAGAGUUGGAGAAAAAGAGACAGGAGCUGGUGUCGAGGAGAUCCACAGCGGAGCAUCCCAGGCGGACACCUGCAAAGGAUGAUUUUUCUCCUGAAAAACUCCAAGAGAAAAGGAGGAAGUUCAUGAAAAGGCGGUUGUCACCAGAGCUUCAUGCUGAACUUGAGCAAAAACACAUCAAAGACAUAAUCAAUGCUCCACAUGCAGAGUCUCAUUCUAAAGUUCAGAAGGAAAUGAGAAAGUCGUUGGUGGCCAGGAGAUCCAAUAAGAUCUACCAUGAUGUUGGUGCACAGAGUUCUCAAGACAACUCCAAAGAAGUUUUGGCAGUAGUGAAACAUGUAGACUCUGCAUCUAAACUGAAAUUAGACGAUAUUUCACCCAAAAAGCAAAAGCAAGUACAUCUGGGUGUUGUCCCUGGUGUAAUCUUAGGAGAAAAAAGGCUGUCCUUUGGUGGUCCCACACCAAAUGUCAGUUUCAAGAUCCAUAAGAAGGCCAGUGCUGUUAAAGCUGGGGCAAACACAGAUGUGUGCAAUGUGAAUUCUUCAGCUAGCAGGACUCAAAGUACCACUCAGCCUUCUUUCCCUGGCUCCUCUCCAUCUAAACACAACUUUCUCAUCUCCCAGCAGCAAGGACAGAAGCUUCAAGAGGAUUCUGUUCAAACCUCUCAUAAACCCUCUCCUCUUUACUCGUCAAAUCUUAUGUCUGUAUCUCACCAAGUCCAGCAGGCACGAACUGACAAAACAAGAGAGGUCACAACACCAAGCAAUACUUCUUGCAAGGUACAACAUGUAACUUCUCAGGAUCCUGCAGAGACCUUUGACUGCGACCAUGAAAUGGAGCUGGUGGAGGAGCUUCAUCUGGCACGCUCUGAGAGGCGGCUGGAGGUGAACUUGAUAGAAAACUGUGGAGAGCUCACCUGCAUGGACAUUGACCCUCCAGAAGAGGGUGCCGGCACAAUGCUAAAUCAACAUAAACAGGCCCUCCUUAUUGUUCUGGAUACCAAUGUGCUGCUCAGCCACUUGGAGUUUGUGAAGAAGAUUAGGUCACAUGGUCUCGGUGCGCUGGGGUUUCCCACUUUGCUCAUCCCGUGGGUGGUGCUGCAGGAGUUGGACUAUCUAAAGAGUGGUAAACUCUCCAGCAAGGUGGAAGACAAAGCCAGGCCAGCUGUCCACUACAUUUAUACCUGCCUGAAGAAUCAGGAGCCCAGACUUGUGGGCCAGUCAAUGCAGCAGGCCUCCCAAGCUGUCGGUGGACCUAGUGUUGUGAAUAAUAAUGAUGAUAGAGUGCUGGAGUGCUGUCUGCAGUACCAGGCUCUGUACACAGAGGGAACUCUAGUUCUUUGCACCGAUGAUAAGAACUUGUGCAGCAAGGCUCUGCUCAGUGGGGUGAAUGCCUUAAGUAAAGUAGAUUUGGUAAAAGAGGUGCAGGGAACCAGAUCUACAAUUCUAAACUACAUUAGUGUUCAACACGCUGUUCCACCCCCAGCCGGACCUGUAGAGAAAGCAGGGGAGGAAAAAUCACAAAAGAAUAAACGCAGUGAUGCAGUGGAGGAACGACAGCUGAGCGAGUGCGUGUCUUUGCUGGAGUCCUGCCUACAGGGGGCGCUGUCUGAAGUGCUAGAGGAAGAGAUGAAGGUGGCUUACGGAGAACUUUGGACUGAGAUAGUGUACGUGAAGCCUCCGUGGAAUCUGGAGGGGCUGCUCAGGUGUUUUAAAAAGCACUGGAUUGCUGUGUUCGGAAGCAUUAUUAAGAGGAGCCUGCUCAGCUGUGUGGAGAUGCUGAGUGACUGUCUCUGUUCAGACAGGUCAGUCGAGCACAGAUCUGUUCUCAGAGCUGUGAGAUUGGCAGCAGAGCUGCUGUCAGCACUGGCUGGGAGAUCUCAGUACAACGGUCAUGUAGUUCAAGCUCUUUCUACGCUUCAUAUGCUGCAGCAAAGACUACAGUCUCCGAAAGCUCCAGUAGAGCGUGAUGACAAUGAUCAUGAGGACUCUCUGAUGACAGAGAUAGAGGAGGAUGGAACUCCACCUCCUCGGACAUCCCAUCAGGAAGUUUGGGCGUUAUUUGAGAGCAUCUGGAACAACGUGUGUCAGAUUAGUUCGGCUUUGUUCUCAGCGCUCCACUAUACUCCAGGAACCACUGAGCCCAGCCAGCAAUCUACCUCACCCCCACCUCAGGAAGCCCUCUCCUGCCUGCAAAGGCUUUCCACUGCACUGAAACAGCUACUGGAGGCCCUUCAGAGGCUGUUAUCUGCGGAAAGCACUGUUCAAGAUGCACAGUCACUUCUCUCCUUCAUUCAGACCAGUGAGAUUGCUGCUAUGGAGCCACGUUUCACUGCCAGGGACCUGUUUGAUUGCGUGUCUCAACAGGAAUACCGGGAAAAGCUGUGUGUGGGUGGAGCGCAGCUGUCUGAGCUGUGUGCGAGUCUGGAUCACUGUGCUGCUGCCCAGAGCUCUUGGCUCUGAUUUACCAUCUGACUUUCCAUGUUUGGACCCAGCCAAAUGUCUACUUACUAUCAGACCAGACUUUUUUGGACCGACCUGGAUUUGAUGGCAGAGUCAUAAUCUACUGGAACCAAAGGCGCACCAACCUACUGAUCCUCUGUCCUUGUACCAACCUGUAACAGAGUGUCAGUGUGUCAGUCACAUGACCUUGACUUAUUAUGCAAAUGCACUCAAGCGUCAAGGGCUAUCAGUCUGUUAAGACUGGAAUUGGGGAAGUUAGACUAUGUUCUAGUUCUUAUGUUGUAGUUAGAAACGUUUAUGUAUUUUUUAAUUGUAUUAACUUAUUUGGACUAUUUAUUCACUUUAUAAAUAAUGUGUCCCAUUUUGGGAAAGAAACACUGUUUUAGUGUUAUGUUUUGAUGGUUAAAAAAUUGUUAUAGGUUUGUUGGUGGUUUUGGUGUGUUAUAAUGAAGAAUGUAGAAUCCUAUAUGUUCUGCUGUGCCAUUUAAAAAUCCUCCUGAUGUCCAGGAGAUGCUGUGGUAACAGGUUAUUAUGUGUUCAGAGAAACUGAAGUAUUACUUCAUAUUUAGUGCUGCCAGGCUUUUAGUAAGUAGCGAGUGUGGCAGUGAGUCAUGUGUUAAAAGCCAAUUUUCUUUGGCGUCAAUCUAGCUGCCCUUCUGGGAACUAUCCUGGGAUCCACUCAUUUGUUCCAUGAUUCUCAGAAGGUACGUUUUGUCACAAAAUAAUUUACUUAUGACACACUGUUUAUGUCUGAUAAGCUGCUGUAAUUUCUUUUCAUUGUAGCAACUGGUCGUUUCUGGUUAGUUAUAUCACUGCAUAUGAAAUACCAGCAGUCCUUCAUGACGUUUUUUUUUUUUUUUUAUAUAUAUAUAUUCUCUGGAAUGGUAUCUAUGCAUAAAAACUGUUUAUUUGUAUUAAAGUGUGAAUAGUUCAAAAAGAAUGUAUAUUUUUCUUUAAAUAUGUUUGCAUUUUGAUUAAAACAUUUGAUCAUCAAUGACUUGUCGUUCUUCUUUGUCACAUAUAACCUGAGGAUGUUAAUCUGGGUU